AUGGGGGUUAAUUGUUCCAUUUUAUACUGUCCAAGAUUGUCUGAGAUUCCUGCUAGCGUGACUGGAGGUGUUAUAUAUGAUGCCGUUUGUGAGGCCGUUUUGAAUUGCGAGGGACCCAAAACUAAAUUAAUUCAGUGGACUUGUUGCCAGGAAAACCAUAAAAGGCAGGGGAAGCAUUAUCACAUGGUCAUUAAACUAAACAAAAUUAAGAGGUGGCUACCGAUCUGGCAAUAUUUAAAGAACAAGUGGAGUGUUUACUUUCACUUUUCUAACCGGCACGCCAACUACUAUUCUGCAUGGUUGUACACCACCAAAGAAGAUGAAGAUUUCAUCCAGUCUGCUGGCCAUCCAGACUUGGGCAACUCAGGUCCACCUAGAACAAUGGCCGCAAGUCAGGCGCGAGUAAAACGACGACAGCCGAUCGCAGAACUUCGUGAUUCAGCAACAGAUACCGGCACAAGUGGCGGGGAAGGCGAAGGGGGCGAAGAAAGAGAACAAGAAGAUGGCCGCUCUCGGAUGAAGGGGAAAAACGUCAGUAAGACAUCAGUGAAGCGAAAGCAAUCGAAACCAUUAAGUUGUUAUGAAGUGUCAAACAUAAUACUUGAAAAGAAAAUCCAAAACCGAACUGAGCUACUCGCACUAGCGAGCGCCCAGAAGGCUGAGGGUAAGACCGAUCUAGCAGAGUUCGUCAUGAACAGGGGAAACAGAGUUGUCGAGGAAUGUAUUUCAACAGCCUGGGAGAUGGAGAAAGCGAAUGAGCUGCUACAAAGAAGUAAACUAACAAGACUUCAGAUCUUGGAAAAAUGUCUGCAAGAUCCUUGCACCACUGAGUGUGACGGCCGGGGGGUGGUAUGCGCUCAACAGCUACUUGCGUGGAACCAAGUGCCAAUUGCGGUUUUUACCGAAGCUGUGAGAAAUCUCCUAGAACAGGGGAGGGGAAAAUUCCGCAACAUUUUAAUCAAGGGCCCUGCCAAUACAGGCAAGACAUUUCUACUUAAUCCUUUAAACACUAUUUACAAGUCUUUUAAUAAUCCCGCCACAUCCACUUUCGCCUGGGUCGGUGCAGAAAAGGCAGAAGUAAUUUUCUUGAACGACUUCCGAUGGAAUUCACAGAUUAUCCAGUGGCACGAUUUACUAUUGAUGUUCGAGGGCCAGACGGUGCACCUGCCAGCUCCAAAAUCACAUUUUUCUAAAGAUCUUGAAUUUAACAACGACACCCCGAUUUUUUGCACCACAAAGCACGACUUCGUAUACGUGAAGGGAGGGGUCAUCGACCGAAUGGAGACAGAAAUGAUGGCAGUGCGAUGGAAGGCUUUUCAGUUUCAGAGGCAGAUUCCGCAGAACGAACAAUUGUCCAUUCAACCGUGUGCUAGAUGUUUUGCUGAGUUGAUUUUAAGUCAAUAA